GGAGGCUCAGGGCAGGGGAGCGAGGACAGCAGAUUGCCAUCCAUCCAUCGAGCUACAGAGUUUGUGAACUCCUGUCGUCAUCAUGGCUGAAGGUGGUAACUGGGGAGGUGAUUCAGUGGCCACUACAUCAAAGAAACAAAAAGGUAGGAAAUUAAUUCAAGUGGGCAAUGUUUUCAGAAGACUUUGGCCAGGCACGUCAUUAAAGAACGAUGGUGAGAACACAGGAACAAUGACGGAAAAGCAAAGUGGGAUUGAGAGCAGAAUGUCAAUGGAAUGUGAACCCGCUGAAGAGGAAAGGGAACAAUGUCAGUCCAGAGGGAGAGGAAUAGGAGACGUGGUUCACGGCCCUGGAACUGACCCAAGUGACGAAAUCCAUCAUGACCGAGAUUCAUCAAACAAGGAAUCAUCGAGUCUCAUUCAAGUAGCAGAUCUAAUGCCUACAUUCUCUGAGCUCCUGACACAGUGGAGCGAUUACCAAUUGUUCCAGCUGACAACAUUCUAUGGGGAGAGACUGAAACAGGCGAUUGAAGAAGGGGUUGAACGUCUCAGCUUCACGAUGAAACGGGAGGGAUGUUUCAAUGAACAAGAACACGGGAGUGUCGCUGAGCUGGUGGUAAAGGGAAACCGCAGAGACAGUUCCAUACUCUUCCUCAGUCUGGUGAUGGGGAAUGGCAUCCGUGCCCGGCGGGUGAUGUGGGAAUUCUUUGUGAAAAUGCAGAAUGAGUUACCAAACCUGGACAGUACUGAUCCACAAGAAUACAUGAACAUCACCAGAGGUUUAACUGAAUUUCCCUCUCAUAUGGAAGGUGAGUGUUGA